UCCGCACAUCGGAGGGCCACUGAACCCCAAAGGUGGAAUGGCAAGUUUCGCCAUGUAGACGGAGAAGCUUCUUUAAUUUUUCUUGUCCAGGUAAAACAAGACGACAUCCCUCACAUCUCUGUCGUGGCUUCGAAAACACUUCCCUGUUGUUGCUGGACAAACUCGCGAUCCUGCCACCUCACUCCCCUCUGACUCAACACUCCUACAUCAUGGUCUCUGCUUCUGGGAGCCGUCCGUUCCCUCCGGGCGUUCACGUCCCGUCUUUGACGUGGUUUGACGACGGCCAGACCCAGGAGAUCGCCUGGGACGUGCAGACCAAGCACAUUGAGUUCCUCGUCAAUUCCGGGCUUCAUGGCAUCGUCGUGGCCGGCACAAACGGCGAGGCGGUCACCUUGACGCGAGAGGAGAAGCACAAGCUCGUGUCCACAACGCGAGACAUUGCGACACGGCUCGGCCGACCCGACAUCACCAUAACACUUGGCUGCGGCGGCUCGAGCACGCGCGAAGUCAUUGCCGAGACGCAGCUCGCGGCCGAGGCGGGCGCCGACUUUGCCCUCGUGCUCGUGCCGAGCUACUUCCACUUCGCCAUGGACCAGGCCGCCAUUGUGAGCUUCUUUGAAGAGCUGGCCAGCGCGAGCCCCGUGCCCGUCGUCAUCUACAACUUUCCUGGCGUCGUUGCAGGGCUGGACGUCAACUCGGAAAUGCUGUCCAAGCUGGGCAAGCACCCCAACAUUGUCGGUGUCAAGCUCACCUGCGGCGGCAUAGCCAAGGUGGCCCGAAUUGCCGCCGAGUUUGAUCCCCAGCAGUUCUGCGCCCUCGCAGGCCAGAGUGACUGGCUCGUGCCCGCCAUGUCCGUCGGCGGCACCGGCACCAUCACGGGUAUCGCCAACCUCUACCCAAAGGUAUGCCUCGAGAUCUACGACCUGUGGAACCAGGGCAAGAUCAAGGACGCGUCGGCACUGCAGCUCAAGCUUGCACAGAUGGAGUGGGGCUUUGGUAAAGGUGGGAUCAACGGGACCAAAUGGGUUGUCGCCAAGCUUCAGGGAUAUCCCAUAGAGAAGUGUCAUUGCCGAAGGCCGUAUCCAGAGUACUCGGAUGCAGAGAAGCAAGAGUGGAUCUACGGUGUCUGCGCGCCACUGGGCGAGGAGGAGGCGAGGUUGGCCAAGAACUCAUAGGAAAAGCAUUCCAGCUCAGCCCUGGGGUAGCAUCAAUGGAAUCGCAUUUUGAGUCGACUUGGUGAAGUGUCUGUCUUCUGGCCUAAGGGAUUCAGGGCUCUCCAUGCUGAGAUUCUGCCUCGAUUUCGGCUAAUUUCUCUAUCAGUCACUGUGUACAUCUACUGCAGUAUAUCUGUCAAGGCUGGCGCUUGAUCGACAGUGGAAAGCAGAGGUUUAGCUGGACGUCGGAUAAAACACACAAGAAUUGAAUGUUAACCAUG